AUGAUGCAGAGGCUAAUGGUCCCUGACCCCAGGCCAGUGUCUGUAGACAGAGCCUCUGGGCCUUCAUCAUCGCCCAUCAGAGUUCCAGGGUCCUGGCUGUCAGUCCAGUACCCCAGCCAGCACCACCAGAGGCUUACAGGAGCAGUACUGGGCAGUCGGUCACCUCAGAAGCAGAAAGGAAGUUGCACGGUUGGCUUUAUUCCUAUCCCAGGCUUCUCUGGUCUUGAUGGGCUCUGGAUUCCACAUCCAGCAUCAUGGCAUUGGUGGAUACAGGACACAGACCCAAGAAGAGGCUUGGAGUUUCUGCAGGCUCCUGCUUUGAAACAGAGCUCUGUCAAGCAGCGGUGGUGGUGGCUCCUGCUAGGAUUGUGGACGGUCCUGCCCACGGGGAGGGGGGACAAGCUGCUCAAUGUCUGCAUGAAUGCCAACCACCACAAGAGGGAGCCGGAUCCAGAAGAUGAGCUCUAUGUGGAGUGUGAGCCCUGGAAAGACAACGCCUGCUGCACAGCUACUACGAGCUGGGAAGCCCACCUGGAUGUGUCCCCGCUCUACAACUUCAGCUUCGUUCACUGUGGAUUGUUGACCCCAGACUGUCAUAGGCACUUCAUCCAAGCCAUCUGCUUCUACGAGUGCUCCCCAAACCUGGGGCCAUGGAUCUAGCCAGUGGACCCCAGUGGGCCAGAGCAGCGAGCUGUGGGCGUGCCAUUGUGCCAUGAGGACUGUGAGCAGUGGUGGGAAGACUGCCGCACGUCAUACACUUGCAAGUCCAACUGGCAUGGUGGCUGGGACUGGAGUCGGGGGAGGAACCGCUGCCCUGCAGGGGCCCCCUGCCGCCCAUUCCCCCACUACUUCCCCACCCCAGCUGACCUGUGUGAGAAGAUUUGGAACAACACCUUCAAGGCAAGCCCAGAGCACCAGGGCAGUGGACGGUGUCUUCAGAAGUGGUUCGAGCCUGCACAGGGCAACCCCAAUGUGGCUGUGGCCCGCCUCUUCGCCAGCCCCGCCCCAGCCUGGAAGCUCCCCUCCACCCUUGUGGGCUUCUCUCUAUUCCUGCCGUUCCUCCCCUAA